CCACGUGCCGCCCGCCGGCUUCCGGUUCCGGGCCGCGGAGCAGCCCCGUCCCGCUUCCCCGGUCCCGCCAUGGGGGAUUUGAUCCUCAACGUGGACUUGACCGCCCCCGAGUGCCGCCCCAAGAAGGAACGGGGCAACCGAAAGCACCAGAGCUUCGUGCGGCGGCGGCGGGAGCUGGAGCGCCGGGGGGUCCUGCGGCAGAAGCAGCUCCCCCCGAACCGGGGCGGGCCCCGGCGGACCCCGGCGAAGCCUCCCCCGUCGUGCCCUAAAGAGAACGGCUCUGCCGGGACCGGCGUUCCCUCUAACACCAAAGGGAAGGGUCGGGGGGCUGCCGGGGGCACCCCCGAAUCCACCGGCGCCCCCUCGGCGCCCCAGAACGGCCGCGCAAAGACCAAGGGCAGGGGUCGGGGGGCGGUGGCCGGAGCCCCCCCGGCGCCCACCAAGCUGCUGGCCAUGGACUGCGAGAUGGUGGGCACGGGCCCCGGGGGCCGGACCAGCGCCCUGGCCCGGUGCAGCAUCGUGUCCUACGACGGGGACGUUGUCUACGACCGGUACGUGCGGCCCGAGGCGCCCAUCGUGGAUUACCGGACCCGCUGGAGCGGCAUCCGCCGGCAGCACAUGGAUAAAGCCGUGCCCUUCCACCAGGCACAGCGGCAGAACCGGCCCCGCGGCACAACCUGCCCCUUCCCGCGGCGGUUCCCAGGGGAGAGAAACCUUGGGAAAUCCCUCAGCGCUUGUUACCAGGGAGGGACCGAGGGUUCACCCGAGGGGUGA